AAGAGAUAAGAGCGAAUUGUGGUGGAGAUGAGGAGAUAGAAAUAUUGUUAACAUGUCUGGUCUACCAUUACAGUCUCCUCUUGUUUGUCCUGAAUCUUCCAUAUCAUACUUCUAAGCAAAAUUAGUGUUUGUUUUGAUUGUCAAUGGUGUAGCAUUUGCAAAUCAUAAUGAAUCACCAGCAAAUAAUCAACUUUGCUUCUUCUUCAAUGGGGUCUCAAUCUCAUCCCAAAAAGCAUGAUGUUUUUCUUAGCUUUCGAGGUGAAGACACACGUGACAACAUCACAAGCCAUCUUCAUGAGGCUCUAAUCCAAAAGAAAAUUGAAACCUACAUAGACUACAGGCUUGAAAAGGGAGAUGAGAUCUCAUCAGCACUCAUCAGAGCAAUUGAAGAGUCACAUGUAUCUGUUGUCAUCUUCUCAGAAAACUAUGCUAACUCCAAGUGGUGCUUGGAUGAGAUCACUAAGAUUAUAGAAUGCAUGAAGGAUCAUGGACAGGUUGUUAUACCUGUGUUCUACAAAGUAGAUCCAUCACAUGUAAGGAAGCAGACAGGGAGCUUCAAAGAAGCGUUUGCAAAACAUGAGGUGGAUCUGAAGGGUAACAAUGAAAAGGUGCAGAAAUGGAAAUCUGCUCUCACAAAAGCAGCCAAUUUGGCUGGGUGGGACUUUCAAACUUACAGGACUGAAUCUGGAUUUAUCAAGGACAUUGUUGAAGAUGUUUUACACAAACUGAAUCUCAGAUACCCAAUUGAAUUAAAAGGACUGGUUGGAAUUGAGGGUAACUAUGUAGAGGUUGAACCCUUAUUGAAAAUUGGCUCAGGUAAAGUUCGAAUGAUUGGAAUAUGGGGCAUGGGUGGCAUAGGUAAGACAACCUUGGCAAUUGCUUUACAUGCCAAACUGUCUUCUCAAUUUGAAGGUGUUUGCUUUCUCGCAAGUGUAAGGGAACUGUCAGAAAAGUUUGGUCUAGAUACCUUACGUAACAAACUUCUUUCUCAACUGUUGGGUGAAGAAAAUCUCCAUGUUGAUGUACCCAAAGUUGAAUCCCAAUUUGUGGCGAGUAGGCUUAGACGAAAAAAGGUUCUUAUUGUCUUGGAUGAUGUGGCUACAUCAGAGCAGUUAGAAGGUCUAAUUGGUGAGUACGAUUUUUUGGGACCGGGAAGUAGGGUGAUCGUAACAACUAGAGAUAAGCACAUAUUUAGCCAUGUUGAUGAAGUAUAUGAGGUCAAGGAAUUGAACGACACUGACUCUCUUCAGCUUUUCUGCUUGAAUGCCUUCAGAGAAAAGCAUCCUAAAAAUGGAUACGAGGAGCUAUCAAAAAGUGUAAUUUCCUACUGCAAAGGAAAUCCUUUGGCUUUAAAAGUUCUGGGUGCACGUCUUCGUUCGAGAAGUACAGAAGCAUGGAAAAGUGAAGUGAGAAAGCUCCAAAAGAUUCAAGAAGUGAAAAUUCACAAUGUAUUAAAAUUAAGUUUUGAUGACUUGGAUCGCACAGAGCAGUGCAUAUUUCUAGACAUUGCAUGUUUCUUAAAAGGAGAAUCCAGAGAUCAUGUAACGAGUCUACUUGAAGCUUGUGAUUUCUAUGCAACUAUUGGGAUAGAAGCCCUUUUGGAUAAGUCCCUGAUAACUAUUUCAGUUAAGGAUACAGUAGAAAUGCAUGACUUGAUACAAGAAAUGGGCCAUAAUAUUGUUGAUCAGGAAUCUAUCAAUGAUCCUGGGAAACGAAGUCGAUUGUGGGAUCCUCAGGAAGUAUAUGAUGUGCUGAAAUAUAAUAGGGGAACUGAAGUUGUAGAAGGCAUAAUUUUAGAUGUGUCUAUAAUAAAGGAUCUUCAUUUGAGCUAUAAUUCCUUUACAAAAAUGUGCAACAUAAGAUUUCUCAAAUUCCAUUCUGAUAUGCGGAGUGAUAGGUGCAAUAUAUACCUUCCUAAUGGUCUUGAGUCAUUGCCUCACAAAUUGAGGUACCUACAAUGGCACGGAUACCAUAUGGAGUCUUUGCCAUCAUCCUUCUCUGCUAAAUUCCUUGUAGAGCUUUCCAUGCCCAACAGCCACCUAGAAAAGCUUUGGGACGGAGUUCAGGAUCUUGUGAAUUUAAAAGAAAUCGACCUUGCUUUCUCCCAAAACCUUGUUGAGGUCCCAGAUUUAUCUAUGGCCACAAAGCUAGAAGGGCUAUCUCUUCUUGAGUGUAAAAGUUUGCGUGAAGUUCAUCCAUCCAUUUUGUGUCUCCACGAGCUUAAAUUUCUGGAUUUAGGAGGCUGCACAGAGCUUGAAACCCUUCAAACCGAAAUUCAUUUAAAAUCUCUCCAUUACCUUCGCCUAAGCAACUGCUCAUCCUUGAAGGAAUUUUCAGUCUCCUCAAAGGAACUAAAGGAACUGUGGCUAGAUGGUACAGUUAUCCAAGAACUACCCUCAUCAAUUUGGCACUGCGAGAAGCUUUCACUUGUUAAUCUACAAGGUUGUGAUCAUAUUGACACUUUUGAGAACAAUAAGUUACCUUAUAAUCUGGGAAUGGGAUCCCUUACACGUCUGGUCCUUUCUGGCUGCAAGCAACUCAAAGCGUCGAACCUAUGUUCUAUCCUUGAUGGUCUACAAUCUUUAUUAUUGUUGGAUGUGGAAAACUGUUGCAACUUAGAAGAACUCCCUGACAUCAUUGGCUUGUUACCAUCAUUGACAUGUUUAAAACUAAGUGGAAGCAGCAUUGAGAGCUUGCCUGCAAACAUCAAGAACCUCUUGAUGCUAGAAGAGCUGUGGUUAGACAACUGCAUGAAACUUGUGUCUCUACCGGAGCUUCCGCCAUCGCUGCACAUGUUAAGCGCCAUUAACUGCACAUCUCUGGAGACAGACUUCACUGAAUUGCGAGUGCUACAACAUCCCAGAUUUGUUCUCCUCCCUGGUGCCCGAGUUCCGGACUGGUUUACCUAUCGUUCUGAAGAGACUUGGAUAACUAUUCCAAAUAUUUCUCUAUCUGGCUUAUGCGGCUUUAUUUUCUGCGUCGUUGUUUCUCAGUUGACUACAAAUGGUAAAGAUAAAUAUGUUGAGUAUAAUAUCUACAACUAUUCCAACAGAAUCCAUAGCUUUCUGGGCGACCAAAACUUGAUUUCAGAUCAUGUGUUUCUAUGGUAUCUUGACAUCACGAAAGGUGGGGACAAUUCUUUUCAUAAGAAAAUGCCACAAAGUGGAGUGUUUAAUCCUUUCAACAUAUUUAAAUUCAGUGUUAUUGGUGAAGAUGGACAAUGGUCAAAGACGAAAGUAAAGGCGUGUGGGGUCUACCCGGUGUCUGCCUUUGAGUUAGAACCCUUCAGUGCACAAGAUAUUGAUGAGUUACAACCUAGAGCCAGUGGAAUUGGAUGUAUAGGUUCUAAUCAUGACAAAGAUAAUUACCAGAUUGAGAAAUUGCAGGAAGAGCACCAAACCACUUCAUCAUGUACGCAAGAUGAAAAAAAUGACUUAGAUGAAAAAUCUCCAUGUCACAGUGUCACUGAACUCAGCUGUGAGAGAAAACCACAAAGUUCGAAGGAUGAGGAUUGCUGUAAAAGUUCAAUGGCUGAAAAUCAAAUUAUCUGCUUUGACACACCAAGUGCUUCUAACAUCAAUUCAAGCCAGACUAUUAAACUGUCAGAAGAAAAAGACUUGACAGACAAUCAGCAUCUUGAACCAGAUUCUGAUCCGUUUGCCGAGCUUGAGAGCAUGUUAUUUGAUAGUUAUAAGUUGUCUCCACUGUCCACUCACUCAGUUGUUUCAGAGACUAAAGUCCAGAACCUCCUUGAAAAAUUAGAGACGCUUUUGGAAACUUCCCUUGAAGUUAUUUCUUUAGAUGAUGAAGUCAAGCAACAACUACUUCAUGUAUUGGAGCAACUUGACCUAUUUGAAGACCAAAUCCCUGUCAAGCUUCAGCCGGUAAUUUACAAGUUAAAACAUUUCAUUGAAGGUGUUGAUGUAAAAUUUGUGACUGCCCAAAAAACUAUCCAUGAUUAUGAUCAGCUUGUACAGUCAAGAUCUCUUCUGUCAGAACAACUGAGAAGUGCCAAAGCCAGCCAAGAGCACAUUAAUUCAAAAGUCUCUCAACAUAAAAUACAAUUUGAAGAGAUCAAUUCUGAGAUUUCUGAACUAGAAGAAAAAUUAAGGGGUUUGAUUGAGACCAGAGACAGGCUGAAGAGAGAAAUGGAUUGUUGUGAUGUUGAAAGUGGGAAAUUAAAGGCUCAGGUUGCUCAAUGGGUUCCAGAUUGCAAGAAUAUCAUCACAGAUUUAAAGAAGUAUGAGACUUCUUACAAAGUGGCCCUAACUAAUAAGAAGAUAGUUGAAGAUGAAUGGGCAGAUCUGAAGAAGAACUUUGCAGCCAGUAAGAUUUGAAUGGUCAUCUUAUCAUUGACAUCUUGAAAUUUGAUCUUAGUAACAGGAUCUAGUUUAUCAUGAUUUUGUGUUUUGUCACCUUUCUAGGCAGACAAUGAACUUUUUGUUACUCUGAUGUUAUAUUAAUUUCCACUGCUAUUUGUCAACUUGUUAAGUUCACCCUGAACUAUUUGUUUUGACAUUCUAGUUUUAUUUCUAUCUAUAUUAUGAAUAUCUUUGAACA